UGUUAUUUUUUCUUCAACCAGAAAAUUUGCACAUUUUUUGUAAAAAACCUAGAAAUUUAAUUAUUUUUCAUUAAUUAUUAAUAAAAUUUAUUAAACAAUUAUGGCUGAUCAUGAAAUUAAUGGUACUGAGGAUGAGGUUCAGGAUAAAAAACAAAAAAAGCAAACUAAACAUGAUGGUGGUGCCGCUGAUUUGGAAAGAGUUACCGAUUAUGCCGAAGAAAAGGAAAUCUCCACCGCAAAUAUCUCAAGUGCUGUUGAUCAAUUUGGCAAGCAGCGACAAAGAGAGGAUGAAUUGAAGGAGGCCAAAGAAAAAGAAUUACAAAUGGUUCAAGUUAAAAAAGAAGAUAUAGAAUUAAUUAUGAAUGAAAUGUUAAUUACCAAAAUGCAAGCUGAAAUGGUUUUACGUGAACAAAGUGGUGAUGUGGUGGCGGCUUUGGAAGCCAUUAUUGCUAAUUAGUUUUUUUUUUAUUAUCUUUUUUAAUUCUAUAAAUAAAUAUUUGUAAAAGAG